ACACCUGCUCCAUUCUUGCACGCGCGUCUAAGUUGAGCUCUAUCCAUGUGUUACUGCACGCGCAGCACGUAGACCAGCUGAGCGCGCGCACAUCUUCUCAAAUAAAGAUGCUCUCUUCCCGUGUGCUGCUUCGGGGUUUGCGAGCUGAGACUGGGUUCUGGAGGAGCCUGUCCACCUCAACCAGAGCACUGGCUUCACACGGUCACAGUGUUGAUGUGAUUGACUGCAGUGUUCCUCAGUACAAUAACCGUCUGGAUACACCACUGCCUGAUGUUUCAUUCGUCAGAAAUCUCACUCCUGAGCAGAAGAAGCUGAAGGAGAAAGAGAAGGCGUCAUGGACGGAACUUACCCAGGAGGAGAAACUAGCACUGUAUAGGCUCUCAUUUGAACUGAGCUAUGCGGAGAUGAAGAAGGGUUCUGAUGAGUGGAAGACAGUCCUGGGAGGGAUCUUCUUUUUCCUCGGCUUCACAGGCCUGGUGGUGUUGUGGCAGCGUAUGUAUGUGUACGGUGAUGUGCCCCACACACUUUCUCCUGAAUGGGUGGAGAAACAAACCCAGCGGAUGAUUGACAUGAGGGUUAACCCUGUGCACGGCUUCUCGGUCAACUGGGACUACGAGAAGAAGCAGUGGAAGUAGAAUCCCACUAGCCAGCAGUGUAUCCAGAGCUGUCAUUAACUUGAAGUUCAAAUCUUAAUGGCUUUAAAAUAUAUUCACAAAAUGUAUCAAAUAAACACUGAAUGGAAUGUGA